CCCGGAGCUCUUCGGAGAGGCGGGAGUGCCGUGUCCCAGUCCCUCAGAGAGGGGUCCCGGGGCGGGAGAAUGGCGACGCAGAGCGCCCAAGAGGGCGCCUGUGACCCCCCGCCCCGGGCGGAGAAGCCCGUCAAACCCGCCAGGUUUAUAUCCAAAUUAAGAACAUUUGUGAAACAUGAAGCAGAGAAAAAUAAAUCCAAGUGGAAAACUAUGGGGCCAGCAAAAGUUGCAGUGCCAUCUCCAAAUGAUUUCCUGCAGAAACAUUCAAAGAAACCCAAGCUAGCACCAAGAAAAAAAGAACAGGAUGGUAAGAAAGAGCCUGCAUUAUCAGUGCCAGGGAGGACAUAUCGCCCAGUAAUUAGGAUUAAAAAGAAUUUUAUAAAUAUAAAUGCACUUGCUGUUAUUAAAGGGGUACCUAAAAAGCCUCGACAUUUUUGUGUUGAUUCAAGACAGGGAGAUAAAUAUCUCCUUGAACCUUCAGGACUUGUACCAAAAUACAUUAAAAAAAAGGAUUAUGGGGUUACACCAAAAUAUGUAACACAGAGAAAUGAAGAAAUUAGGAGAGAGGAGGAAGAACGUGAGGCCAAAGUUGUAGAGGAGCUCAAGAAGAGAGCCAUGAAACAUCUGUCUGAUGAAGAAAAGACAAGUAUUCUGCAGGCGCUGAAAAAGAACUGGGAGGAACUAAAUCGUGAAUUUCAGUGUCUUCCGGUACUAACUGACACCAGGUACAAGAAGAUGCAUAAAGCAGAGGUGGAAAUGAAGUUGAAACAAUUGGAGCAUGACAUAGAAGCACUCGAGAAGCACAAAUGGGUCUACAUUGCAAAUGAGUAAGGGCUUGUUCAGAUGUUGCCUCUUUCCUCCUUGUUCUCCAUCCCUACAUCUUCAAGAAGUGCCUCCCUACACUGUCAAAAGAAACUGUUACCAUCAACUAUUCAGAAACUAAUAUUCAACUAAUAUAAGUAUGUAGCUUCUUAAAAAAGUUGUUACAUAUAGCUGUCAUCUGUACAAGUCCAAUAUGUUUGGAAAUAAAAUUCUUAACUAAACUUUGA